AUGACGAUGACGUUGGAAGUUUUGCGAUGGUUCGGUUGUCCCAGUUUAGGCAUCAGGAAAUCUGAGGCUUACCCCAGAAGUACAGCACAAGGAGUGGAGGCGAAUGGGCUGUUGGUUCGUCCUAUCAGAAUGGUUCAUCUCCUCUCUCUUCGUCAAUCGCACAGAUCCCCGAAUCAAGUGCGAAUACUUGCGCCAACCUGGGACCAAGAUCAAGGUCUUGACAAUCCUUCCGCUCUUCCUUUCUCGUGCUCUAUCGCCAUCGGUCUUGAGCUGGACAGGGUUCUAAGAGUUUUGAGAAGCGGCCAUCACCAACUCGGCGCUUCCUUCUCCAUCCUCCAUAAUCUCUGCCUGGCCUUCCCAAAUAUCUGUUCUCUGGGAUGGCCUUAUGAUCAAGGGUCUGCCUCAGAACGUCAAAUGAAUCAAGAACAACAGAGCCAGCAAAACCAGGACCCCUGGGCAAAGCUUUUCGAAUCAGCGCAGGCAAACGACAUUGCCCAAUGCAAGGCGUGGAACGACGAAGUUGCGAACCUUCUUAUAUUUGCGGCUCUCUUCUCCGCCAUUGUCACAGCAUUUCUUGUCGAAGCCUACAAGAUGCUAGAGCCAGAUCAGAGCGAACUGGCUGUUGCUCUCCUUAUACGCCUUGUUAUGCGUUUCGACAACUCCACCGAUUUGACCCUCCCAUCCCCACUCCCGGAUCUCCCUUUCACUGCGGAAGCCCCAUCAGUUCGCAUCGGUAUCUACUGGACGCUGAGCCUCAUCUUAAGUCUCGGGUCAUCUCUGAUCGGGAUUGUCUGCCUCCAAUGGCUCCGAGAACACCGAUCAUAUCCAGAAGAGUGGUCGGCAGAACUAAAAUUCACAGUUUUUCAGAUGAGAUCGCAAAUGCUGCGGAAGUGGCAUGUACAUACAUUUCUUGCAGGCCUUCCACUCAUCAUCAUCAUGUCUCUCAUCCUGUUCUUCGUGGGACUUGCAGAAUUCAUAAUUUCGCUAAAAAUUACAAGGCUCACAAUCACCACGGCCGUCUCCAUUCUUUUUUUCACCAUAUUUAUUGUUGCAACGACCGCGAUCCCCACCAUCUCCAGCCUCACGCAGGCCUCACGGACCUCGACCUCAAUCUCUCAAAUUCCCCUUCCCAGUCCUUUCAAGUCGCCUCAAGCACAAGUAUUGCGUUUCGCAAAGUGGCUUCUUCAUUCUUUGGGAAGGUGGAUUAUUAACAAGCUUGUUCCACCCCGUGAAAUUGGACCCAUAAAUCGACCUGUUACGUCUUUUGGCCUCGGAAUCAAACGGAUCGCUAAGGUCUCUAUAGAAUGGUUUCGAGAGAAAUUUCAACCAAUUGAACUACCUCACUUGCUCCAAGGUCUCCAUUUGAUUUUAGAUUGGACAGACCUUGACCGCGAAUGGGUGUCGAUUCGUCACCUCUCCUCAUUCCACCUUCUCUCCCAAGAUGAUCUCGAUUUCGGGGUAAUAUCUGACACCACCUUCAUAGGUCGAUCAGAGACUUUUCCCGUUGACUGGGAACGUGGACCAAUUCAAGACCAGCUGGAAGGCAUUCUGGAUUUUUACCAGCGUCACUCAUCUGACGCUGGCAUGCGCGACUUGGUGUUCCAAUGUCUUCAGCGCAGUCUCCCCAUCAAUGACGCAGAUGCCACCGGUUUCCAUGUAUACUUCACAGGAACAAUGAAGAUCAUGAAUGAGAAAGUCCGGCUUUGGAGGCCGAGGGGAAUUCACCUACCAGGGCUCGACCAAUUGGCAAGCGGUGCCGACUUCUUUCUCUUCCCAGGCAUCACGCACUUUCAUCCAAAAAGCGACGUGCUCGCCCAUGUGGCCCUUCUUCAAUUUGCAAAGAAUUUACACCUCCCGCUCGAGUAUUCAUUAGGAGAGAAGCUUGUGACACAGUCAUUUUUUUGCCUUUUCAACCCUACCAAUUAUCGGGAUAUUUUACCAAUGGAAGGACAGUUGGGCCCAGGUUUAGUGUGGGCAUCGUCACUUGAGGGUAGCACCGCAGACGGCGCCCCAACAUCCGGCAUGUUGAAAAGCUUUCUGGGAAGCAUAGGAGCACUCUUCCAAGUUCAGGAGGACUGGCUAAUUCACGGGCUCCCCCAUCAGCUUCGGGAGCAAGAAAACAUGACGAAAACAUUCAGAAAAUUCUUCAACGAUACACGCUUCCAAGAAACCAUCGUCAAGCUGAUUGACCUUCUCAAUAUCAUAUUCAAACCAAUGGCUACAUUGACCAAUGAUUGGCGUUUGGGAAUUCUUCCUGAUGAUGACGCCAAGAUGCCUGAAGAUGAAAUUCUCAAGAAGUGGCUCCGACUUUCCGAUUUUGUUCAAGGCCUUCAUGUCAAUCUACUUCGUGAUGAAGACACGUCGGCGAGGAACAGACUCAUGAAUGUUUCGAGAUCCCUCGACACCAGCCCUUUAAUGUCAAUAUUUUCCAACCAACUUUCGACCAGGCGGGAGUGGCUGAAGCUCCACCGACGAGCGGUCAGAAACUGUGGGUAG